AACUCCGCGAGCGCAGCCUGUGGGCCGAUAGUGUUCUGCCAUCUUCUCUUCUCAGAUCUCCGCCGGAAGUGGAGGAAAAAAAAGCCUGCAGAUUUGAAUCUACCUGCUUUCAAGCUAGUCAUCAUGAUGAAACUUAGACACAAUGCUUUUCCGACAUAGGCCAUUACAGAGUAUUGAGUAGAGUUCUCUGUGCUAUACGAAAAUAAAAAGCCAGGUAAAAGUUCCAAAGGCCGCAAGAAGAUAAGUUGGUUCCACACUCAGGUAAGGUAUACCCGUUGUUGGCGACAAGGUCAGGAACAGGUUGCCCACCCUAGAAGAGGCCCACAAAACCAGGUAGAUAUUGGGUGACUCCAAACAGAGCACUGCAUUGGAAUCAGUAGAUCUGGCUUUCCCUCCCUCUCUGGGUGGCUUCAGCAGAAAAGUAGCAGUAUUUAUUAAGUUCCCACCACAAGCCAUACACUGCUUUGUGCUUGGUUUACCUUGGUUAGGGAUUGUCAUCAUCCUAUUUUUUAGAUGAAGAAACUGAGCCUCAGUGAGAAAGUUCUUAGGUUCAAGGUAGCACAGCUAGGACUUGAGUCUGUCUAAUUCCCAAGUCCCUAUUGCUCAUGGAGAGGAGGGAGGUUCAAACAGUCUUUGGCCCCAGCUCCUGGAUCUCCUGGUCCUGCUGGGAAAGUUGUGGACAAGUAGGACUUGGGUCAGAGCAGCAGUUCUCAAACUUUAACUAGCCCUCCAGAAUCACCUGGAGGGCUGGUUAAAACACAGAUUGCUGGGCUCUACCCUUGCGUUUCUGAUUUGGUAGGUCUGUCUUGGCAUCUGAUAAUUGGUAUUUCUAACAAGUGCCUAGGUGAUGCUGGUACUGUUGUUCCAAGGGCUGCACGUCCCUGCCUGGCUAGGGGAAGAAGGGUCUCUCUCUAGUCAGAUGGGCAGACCUCUGGGGACAGAGCCCUUUUUGUUUGCUUCUCUCCUCUUUCCCCCAACAACUACACUUCUGAGCAGCUUUAACACCCCCUGGGAAGGGUAAUUUCCAUGGGUUCAUUAGGUCUGUUCAUUUUUUCCCUGUUGUGUGGUGACCAGCCUGCAAAGCAGAAUGGGAAGAAAGCAGCCACCAAAGUAGCCUCCGCUCCCCAGUUUGUUCACUCCAAUGAUCAUGCCAGUCGGAAGGCUGAAUUAAAGAAGAAGAGGGUUGAGGACGUGCGGGAGAAGCAGCAGGCUGCCCGGGAGCAAGAGAGACACCGACGCAGGACCAUUGAAAGCUAUUGUCAGGAUGUCCUGCGACGCCAGAAGGAGUUUGAGCGCAAGGAGGAAGUUUUGGAGGAAUUAAAUAUGUUUCCUCAGUUGGAUGAUGAAGCCACAAGGAAGGCUUAUUACAAGGAGUUCCGUAAGGUGGUGGAAUACUCUGAUGUGAUUCUAGAAGUCCUGGAUGCCAGGGACCCAUUGGGCUGCCGCUGCUUCCAAAUGGAGGAGACUGUCCUGCAGGCAGAAGGCAACAAGAAGCUGGUCCUGAUCUUGAACAAGAUUGACCUGGUCCCCAAGGAGGUUGUGGAGAAGUGGCUGGAAUACCUUCGGAAUGAGCUGCCAGUCGUAGCUUUCAAGGCCAGCACCCAGCAUCAGGUCAAAAACCUGAAUCGCUGCAGUGUGCCAGUGGAUCAAGCCUCUGAGUCAUUGCUGAAAAGCAAAGCCUGCUUUGGAGCUGAAAAUCUCAUGAGGGUUCUGGGGAACUAUUGCCGCCUGGGUGAAGUACGCACCCAUAUCCGUGUGGGUGUUGUGGGCCUUCCCAAUGUUGGGAAGAGCAGCCUGAUCAAUAGCCUGAAGCGCAGCCGUGCGUGCAGUGUGGGAGCCGUUCCUGGGGUCACCAAGUUCAUGCAGGAGGUCUACCUGGACAAAUUCAUCAGGCUGCUGGAUGCCCCGGGCAUUGUCCCAGGACCCAACUCGGAGGUGGGCACCAUCCUGUGCAACUGCAUUCGUGUGCAGAAGCUGGCGGAUCCUGUGACCCCAGUGGAGACCAUUCUGCAGCGCUGCAACCUGGAGGAGAUUUCCAGCUAUUACGGUGUCUCUGGGUUCCAGACCACUGAGCACUUUCUGACUGCAGUGGCCCACCGCUUGGGGAAGAAGAAGAAGGGGGGCAUAUACAGUCAGGAGCAGGCAGCCAAAGCUGUCCUGGCUGACUGGGUGAGCGGGAAGAUCAGCUUCUAUACACUCCCACCCUCCACCCACACUCUGCCUGCCCAUCUCAGUGCUGAGAUUGUUAAGGAGAUGACUGAGGUCUUCGACAUUGAGGAUACCGAGCAGGCCAAUGAGGACACCAUGGAAUGCUUGGCCACUGGAGAAUCUGAUGAGCUGUUGGGUGACAUGGACCCGCUCGAAAUGGAGAUCAAGUGGCUCCAUUCUCCGAUGGUGAAAAUAGCAGAUGCCAUGGAAAAUAAAACCACGGUGUAUAAGAUUGGAGAUCUCACUGGGUAUUGCACCAAUCCAAACCGUCAUCAGAUGGGGUGGGCUAAGCGCAACGUGGACCUUCACCCCAGGAACAAUAGCUCAGUGGAUGUCUGCCCAGUGGACCGCCGCCCGAUGCUACAGAGGAUCAUGGAGACAGACCCCCUGCAGCAGGGCCAGGCUCUGGCAUCUGCCCUGAAGAAUAAGAAGAAGCUCCAGAAGCGUACAGAUAAACUCGCCAGCAAGCUGUCUGAUUCCAUGAUGUCCGCCCUUGACCUCUCUGGCAACGCUGAUGACAGUGCUGGUGACUGAUCCACUGAUCUCAUCUCCUUCCCCCACUCCAAGCAUCAGUUCCAGUGGAAAUAACAGAUAAAAUGGUUUGCUUCUCCCUGAAGCACCUACAUAUUAAAAGAGCCCCUUCCCCCAACCCCCCUUCCCUCCAUUCUCCAGGAAAAAAAAAGUCCCAAGUGUCUGAAACUGACAAACCCAAUGCCCUUAUUUAAUCCGUACUCUGUUUUCAAGAGAAAUAAAAAAAAAUUAUCAGCA